AUGGCUUGGCAUAACACUGUUGCCAUGAGUGCUCCUCAGAGCCAAGUUGGCUCCCCGAUGGCCAUGAACCCUCCCACAACCGAGAGUCAUUUCGAGAUGAACUACAUCCAAGCGGAACCUGAGCACGAACGCGAACCUCCCGAAGACUACUACUUUGGUAACUAUACAGUUUCCGCGCAACCUCAAUCGGACCAGGGCUCCAUGUCCCCUCAGAUGCCACCCCACGGCUACUACAUGUCUCAACCCCAGCAACAAAUGAUGCAGCCGCAGCCUAUCAUGGGCGAGCUGUCCAUGGGACAAAUUCCUCAUCCUUCGCAAGCCCAGGCGCAGUACUAUGCCCAGCCGCCGACUCACACUUGGGUAGAGGACUCUGAUAUCACAGCCUUCAAGUCUGAAGCUACCAGGAGACGUUACAUGGGAUACGCCCUUCCAAGCACACAGAUACAACGCCCCGAAGUCGUUCGAGCACCUACCCGAGCCCGUCAAAACAACCAACAAGCAACGGGCCGGUGCCAAAGAUCUCCUCGCGUUAGAGGUCGAGCGGAACAGUCCGAGGCAGAAUCAUCUGAAGAGCCGACCGCCGAUGACGAGAUGGCGCAUAUUGACUCGCUUCCCGAUGAAUUUGUCGUCAAGCCGGAGUGCCCUGAAGACGUCGCCUUCCUCUUCCAUCGCCAAAGGGACAUGAUUAUUUCAGGUAACAAGGGUAAUGGAAUGUGGGAUAUUAUUGCCGGCGAGCAUAGAGAGAGGUUCGGGAUGACAAGCUCUGCUGCGCGUUUGCAAAUGCAGGUGACGAGAGGAAGAUCCAACUUUCUGGAGUGGUCACUCAGAGAUAGACACAAGCUCAAAAUGGCAUUCGAUCACGUCGAUGCGUACUAUUUCAAGAUGGUCCAUCGCAAGUUCAAGGAGCUCGGCGGUGGACAAACAACUGCAUGGGGCGCAAGCGACGUUGAGUACCUGGCAGUCGAGCGUGGCAUGGUAGAUUCGGGCUACACGGCCGAGCCUACUACUCAGCCGGGAAAGUCGCGGAGAACAAAGAAGCAGCAAACCCGCCUGAGGAACCUUGCCACAAGCAGCGCUGUCCUGCUUGACGACACAGUCGAAUUACGACAGAACCCAGAGCAGCGACAACAAAUACUCGAUGAAAUAUAUGAGUACCGCGGCGAGGAUCCCGAAGACGGUGUCGACGAAGAACCCAUGUUCAAGACGGUGGCCAGAGCUCGCCCACGAGGCCGCCAAGUCGAGAUCAAGAUGGAGGAGGAGAGCCCUGAGGAAGAGACGGCAUCCUCGUCCAGCAAGGCCAAGGACAAGCAGCCUGCCAAGAAAAGAGCGCCGGCGAAGCCAAGGGCCGUCAGAGCACGUAUGGCACCCAAGCCCAAGUUGACCUGA